AUGUCGUACGGCGACGGGCUCUCCGGAGCCGAGUAUCUCGCUUCGAUUUACGGUACCGAAAAAGAUAAAGUCAACUGUUCCUUCUUCUUCAAGACAGGAGCUUGUAGACACGGAGAUAAGUGCUCUCGAGCCCAUCACACGCCAACGUUCUCACCAACGGUCGUACUCAAGAAUUUUUAUCACAAUCCUGUCGUGGAUGUUCGUCAAGCCGAUGCCUUCGAUAAAGUUGGAAAGCGGAAUGACGAAGAGCAGAGAUACUUCGACGAUUUCUAUGAGGAGGUGUUCGUUGAGAUGGAAAGAAAGUAUGGGGAAGUAGAAGAGAUUAACGUUUGUGAAAAUAUCGGAGAGCACAUGGUCGGAAAUGUAUAUGUGAAAUUCAUGAAAGAAGAAGAUGCCGAAAAAGCCAAAAAUGAUUUGAACAACAGAUGGUUCAACGGUCAACCGAUCUAUGCUGAGUUGUGCCCAGUCACCGAUUUCCGUGAGUCCCGUUGUCGUCAGCACGAAGUCACCACUUGCUCAAAAGGAGGAUUCUGUAAUUUCAUGCACUUGAAAGCUAUCUCUGCUGAACUCGGAGACCGUCUCUACGGAAGACGUGGACGACGAGCUGACGCAGCCGGACAUUAUCCAUCACAACGUGGUGGAUCUGGUGGUGGCGGCGGUGGAGGCUACGGUGGCGGCGGAGGCUACGGAUAUGGUGGUGGAAGAGAUCGCGAUCGUGGAGGAUGGGGUGGAGGCGGCGGCGGUGGCCGUUACGGCGGAGGAGGUGGUGGUGGCGGUGGCUACGGAUAUGGCGGAGGCGGUGGUGGAAGACGUCGAAGCAGAAGUCGUGAUCGCCGACGAUAUUAA